AGACGCAUGUGAUUUACCAUUAAUUCCCACACAAUCUUACCUAUUUUAUCCCACUAGAAAUAUUUUUAUUAUCUACGACUGCGCCUAUCUCGCCUAUCUCGCCUGCUACUUUCGCGUAUGUACUACGUACCUAGGUACCUACACAAUGUAGAUCUGAUCACCAACACCAAAAAACUUGAUAUCGUGCCUAUCAUUCUACCUGUUGCAUACUUCAACUUACGUCGCAUACCCUACAAUCCCGACAUAGAUAUAGUCCGCAUUAUUCUAUCUCUACCAGUCGCCUGAUCUUGUGCAGUCCCGGCAUCUCAUCUCACCCCCAUGGCAUCGCGAAUUCCACCCCUCCUAGAUACUUAUCUCCACCUACCACCUGAGACAUCCCUCGUCCUUCUCAGUGGGGUUUUGGGGUCAAGUACGAAUUGGCUUGUUCUCCGCUAUCUCUACUCUCUUCUUUCUACCCCAUCGAACUCGGUGGUAGCAAGAGAAGAUGACGAAAAAGGUAUCGAUUCGUCCAGUAUAGAAGAGGCUAGCGUAGUCUUUAUCAGCUUCCUACGGGAUUACGCUUUCUGGAAAGAGGGCGCCGGGAAACUUGGGCUUGACCUCGACGUAUUAACAAGGAAGGGUAAAUUCAUCUUCGUCGAUGGUCUCUCUCGUUUGUUCUUCCCAUCACCCAACCCUACCCUGGGGCAUUAUUCGUCGGAUAAUGUUGGGAAAAAAGCAUUGUCUGUCGCUUCGUUACAGCACUUGCGCAAAGAACUCGAAGACGCCGUAGCACAAGUCCAGCGCUCAGCUCCUAAGCAGAGAACGGUUUUGAUUGCCGAUCAGCUAGACCUGCUAUUGGCUGCUUCAGAAAAUGAUAUCUCAAGCCAAGCAUUGAGGGAUACGCUGCUUAGCAUUCGCGAGAAAGUGCAUUCAUCCAUCGUCACUCUGUCUGCAGAUGAACCGUUAUUGUCAUCGCAAACCACAUCAUUGGAAAAAGCGCAUGCCGCGUUCGCUAUUUCCCUUGCCCACGAUGCCCACCUUGUGAUAAGUUUGAGAAUGCUGGAUACAGGGACGGCUAGAGACGUAAGCGGCGUCAUAAGAGUGACCCCGAGCGGCGGAUACAACGGGAUUGAUAGAAUAGUGGAGGAACGAGAAUUGCUAUACUUUGUAGCUGGUGAUGGCGGAGUCAGGAUAUUUGAACGGGGUCAAUAGCCAUUUCAUCACGGAUAUAUUCACAUUAACAUAGAAGAGUCAACGCAAGCAUUG